GCCAGCGGCGUGCCUCUUUCGGCGCGACGGGUCCCGAGCGGCAACGGCGGCGAAGAAGCUUUGCUCCACGCUCCACCCGCGCCGGACCAGGGACCAGCCCGGCCGUCCCGCUACCAUGCCCAACUUCACCGGCAACUGGAAGAUGCGCAGCUCGGAGAACUUCGAGGAGCUGCUGAAGGCGCUGGGGGUCAAUGUGAUGCUUCGGAAGAUCGCGGUGGCUGCCGCGUCCAAACCAGCUGUGGAGAUCAAGCAAGAGGGGACAUCCUUCUACAUCAAGACCUCCACGACGGUGCGCACCACGGAGAUCCACUUCAAGAUCGGGGAGGAGUUUGAGGAGCAGACGGUGGACGGAAGGCCUUGCAAGAGUCUGGCCAGGUGGGAGAACAGCAACAAGAUCGUGUGUGAGCAGAAGUUGCUGAAAGGAGAAGGGCCCCAAACGAGCUGGUCCAGAGAGCUGACCAACGAUGGGGAGCUCAUUCUGACUAUGACGGCCGACGAUGUCAUCUGCACGAGGAUCUACGUCCGGGAGUGAGAAGUCCUCGGCUGGUGCAAGGUGCCCAGAGUGGCAAGGGAGGGGGCAGGAUCGGAUAGCCCAGAAGCAUCCCUGCACCGCAGUGCAAUUCCAACCUGCCCUGCUGCCUGGUCCCUACUCUCUGUCCAUGCUCAGAGGCACUGCCUGCAACAAGACUUAACAAAGCCACCGGCCCUUCAGAACAUUCCCCCUGCUCUGGGGGGGGGGGGGCUGAAGCAGCCUCUUCCCUUCUGAGACCCCCUCCCUGCCCUGCUCCCUUUGGCUCCUGCUUUGCCCUGGGGGAGGCUCACACAGGCCUGCCUUGUUUGGGAGAUUAACUGUGGAAUCCAGGGUCAGGCUCCGGGGUCAGGAUGUGGUCCCUGCAAGCUGGGGGCUCUUCCCCUCACUCCUAUCUGGGGCAGGGCGGGGGUGGGGCUUCCCAUCAGCUCCCAAGUGAAUCUAUGAGCUCCUUGGCAGCAGCAGGUGCCCCUGCUACCCCCUCCAGUUUGUUCCUGACUGGUUUGAGCUCCUCACACUGAAGAACCAAAGUGGAAAGUCUUGUUGCAGGGACUCACACAAAUGCCCUGGUGCAGACCUGCUCCCG